AUGUAUGUCUCGAAAAUUCUGCCGGACCCGGCGACCACCGUUUACGUGGAGCGGGGCAGCGUGCCGGCAGCCUCGUGCAGCGACCACGCGUAUGACAGCUGCGAGAAGCCGCCCACCUCACCGCGGAAUCGACGCCGUGGAGGUCGCGUUCCACGACCGACCCCAGUGCGCCGGCGCCGGCGGCGCGUGGCCGUAGACGGUGAGGAGCGCGUCGUGUGCAAGGCUCAAUCGGGUCGUUGGUCCUCGCGUCUGCCCGUGGGCACGGUGGUGCGCAGACCCUCGGUCAAGCUGGUCCAGCUCGUCGCGCAGGCCAUACACGAGAGCCCACACCGGGUGCUGCGAGUCUCGCACGUCUACGCCGCACUGCAGAACAGAUACCCUUACUACAGGAUCCAGGACAAGAAUGGCAUCAGCAGCUGGAAGAGCUCGGUGCGUCACGCUCUGUUCCAAAAAUGGUUCAUGAAGUUCCGCCCCACGUCCGGAUUGUACGAGACGUUUCGGCCCAGGAGUUUCUUCUGGGGUCUCAACUACAGCAACAGGCCACUCGAAUGGCAGAUGCCCCAACGACUGCCGCGUCUGUUUCUGCCGACCGACGACGAAGGUGAGCAGCGGGACGGCGACGCGUCCACGCUGUGCUCGGGCCUACACCUAAACACCGAGUCACCGAGCAAGACGAACACAGCGCUGAUGCCGUCGGCAUUCCGCCUCCAACUGGAGCACGACCUUUUCGCGCCACCGGAACCCCAGUCACCGAGCGACAAGCGCAAACUGUCCACCGUCCCGUGCAGCGAGUCCGCGCCGGUGACGUCGGCUGCGCAGUCGGAGGACGACCUGGCCUCCGUGGGCAGCCCUCCGUCCGAGAGCAUGAAUCCGGUCGGCUGGCCGGCGCCGGGGAAAAGGGAGAAGCACGCCUUGCAGCCGCCAAGUGACACCGCCUGUGCUGUGCCACCUAGAGUGAGGGACGGCAUGUACUUCCAACCGCCGUCGGCACCACCUUGCUCAACGACCACGACCACGUCCCUGACUGCGACGACGGCGUCGCAGCCGACAGCGGCAGUGAUGGUGGAGGCCGUUGUGGAUUGCUUCCAGAAGCCGCGGCAGUCGCUGUCGGGCGAGCCGUUCGUGCAACGCCAGCAAGAAGAGGAGCAGCAGCAGCAGCUGCUCCACAUGCUGCAGGCACCACUUGAAGAGUCCCAGGAGCAGCAGCAGGAGCUGCAACGGCAACAGCAGCAGCAGCAGCAGCAACAACAACAACAACAACAGGAGGAGGAGCUGCUGGACUGGCUUAUAUCACUGGAUGCCGGAGUCAAGGCUUGA